CAAUUUUGUCUUGUUCUAAUGGGGAGAGAAAAAGAGAGAGAUCAUCGGAUGGAGAUUGAUCUGUCACUGAAGGUAGAUAUUGCUGAUCAUGAAGAACAACAAGCUGUAGAAAAAGAAGUCGAUCGAGCUGGCGUACAAGACAAAGGAAAAGGAUAUCAUGAUGAUGAACAAGCACAAGCGCCAAAUGAUCAUCGUCAAGAUCAACCGGGAAUACAUGUACGUGAUGCAGAAGAAGCAGCUGAGGCCACAACAGGAGAAGUAGACGAUGAUGCAUCGGUAUCAGAUCAAGUAUCCUUGCAAGAGAACAUGAGGACUAAAGAGUUGUCUUUGCUACGGAUGGAGAUGAACCGCGUGAAAGAAGAAAACAAGGUGUUGAGGAACGUCGUGGAGCAAACAAUGAAAGACUACUACGACUUACAGAUGAAAUUCGCCACUGUCCAGCAAAAUAACCAAAAAAAGGAUCCUCAAAUAUUCCUCUCGCUCAACGGUAAUCACGGUAUUGAUAGUCAAGAACCAAAGACAAUUCUCAAUACUCCAGAUAUCACUAAAGAAAGACCUCCGUCUCCGUCACACAAAGAUGGUCUUAGAGAGAGUGAAUUAGGGUUGUCACUUAGGCUACAUACAGGUGCUGAAGAACAAAGAGUGGAAGACAAAGAUCAAGAGAAUAAAGAAGAAGUGAAAAGUUUUACCACAGUCCAAAACAAGCUACAGCGGAGUACUGAUUUAACCGGAAUCGCAAGCCAUGUUGCUUCCCCAGUCAAUAGAAAAGCUAGGGUUUCAGUCCGAGCCAGAUGUGAAGCAGCCACAAUGAACGAUGGAUGCCAGUGGAGAAAAUACGGGCAGAAAAUAGCCAAAGGAAAUCCCUCAUGCCCUCGAGCCUAUUACCGCUGCACAGUAGCUCCUGGAUGCCCAGUUAGGAAACAGGUGCAAAGAUGCUUAGAGGACAUGUCUAUACUAAUAACAACCUAUGAAGGUACACAUAACCAUCCACUUCCUGUGGGUGCAACUGCCAUGGCUUCCACGGCUUCAGCAGCAGCUUCCUUUAUGUUAUUAGAUUCAAGUAAUCCUCUUUCAGAUGCAGCUGCCUCUAGUUUCACUCGAGUAUCCCUUCCCAAUUACGGCCUGCAUGGUUCUCAUAUGAUUCACUCUUCUGAUCUGAAUCCAUCAAACAUUAGAACCAUGAACCCUAUUAAUAUUGACCCUUCCAAAGGAAUUGUUCUUGACCUAACAAGCAAUUCUUAUGAUCAUCAUAAUCACCAGUACCCGGCCCCUCAAUUCCCAAUGGCUAGCUCCUCAUACUCAGCAGCUCGUCCGGGUUUUCCAGCUUGGAUGCAUGGAAAACCAAGUUUUCAUACUGGAAAUAUUUCUCUCACGAACAAUAAUAAUCUAUUUCCUAUCCCUAGAUCAGCAAUAGAAAAUAAGUCAUUGGCAGAAAAUGUGACUGCAAUCGCUUCAGAUCCUAAAUUUAGGGUAGCCGUGGCAGCUGCAAUCACCUCUCUCAUUAAUAAAGAGAGUCCUAAUACAAUAACUCAUCCUCAUGUGGGGACUCCCUUUGGUCCUAGGGAUGGAGAUCAGAGUGGUAGCUCUGGUAGCAGCAAUUGGGUUCUUGAAUCUCUCUCGGGAAAUGGUAAGCCACUUGGGCAUUCACCUUCAUGAUGAUCCAAGAAUUUCUUCAGGUAUUAGUUUUCUUUUUUUUCAAAAAGUCGGAAUUGUAUACACAGACUUAAUUAAUUUGUAUUAUAAUCAUCCUGUUAAGAUUUGGUUCUUUGCUAAAUAAGAUCAACAUACAAUAAUGCAA